CCUCCCUUGCAGUUGAACUCCCUCAGUCCGUAGCAAGCCUCCUUGAAGUUAUGACAUAGUGUGAUCUAGAUCUGACUUGAAGUGACAGUGCCGUGACAGCCGCAGUGUGACAGUGUCAAGUUAACAUGUUACGAAAUGCCGAGACAUGAUUCUCCUACAGAUAUUCUUCUGCCUCUUCGCCUUUUCAUUAGCCCAAUCUGAGCAGUGCGACUGGUCUGGAAGCGGGCUGAGCGGCGGCGAGGUGCGAGGGGUGCGGCCGGUCUACCUGCGCUGCGGGGAAGGCAGGGUGACCUGGUCUUACCCGGAAGGCGCCCUCAGGAUCCUCCUCAGGCUCAACAACAGAGAGUUCCGGGCCUGCCUCCGACCCAGCCCUCGCCUGGCGGCCUCGGUAUAUCUAGAAGGCACCCGCUCCCUCACCAAGAUCUACUCCCCCAACACCACGACUCACAUGAGGUGCUUCCAGAGCCGCGGCGGGCAGGCGGCGCUGUACGUGGAAGCCGCCACGGAAGAACGGUCCGCCCACAAGCCUGUGGCGGAGUUCGUCUACGAUCUGCAGCCCCUGCCGAAGGGAAAGGCCUACGACCCCAACGAAGAAUGCAGGCCGUGUACAAUGGACGAGAUGAUCCACGCCUACUGCACCAGCGAGAUAGUUACACGAGGCAUCAUCCAACGCGUGCAGCCGGUCGAGGAAGAGACAGACCUCUCGGAAAUCGUGGUGAAGGAGACGAAGAGGCUGAGGAGCUCCGGACUAGAAUGGGGCGGGGAGAACGAAGUGGUGGAGCGGACGAUGGUCGGAGUUGCGCGGCACUGCGGUGCGGCGCACGGAGAGGGCGAGAUGGUCAUCAUGGCGAGGCGCAAAUUGGGAAGGCUGGUGCUGGUCUGCGCGCCGCGGCACUCCGAGUGGCAUGCCAUCGUGCGCCAGCCCGCCGUGCGUGAUGCUGCGCACUGCCUUCUGGCGUCAUGACCUCAUCCCCUCUGUAUUCCUUGUUAUGUAAAAGAGACUGACCGAUGAAAGAUAUAUUAUACAUUUUAUAUUUUUAAAACUAUAAAUAAGCAAGACAAUAUAAUAUGUAUUAGCAUCUCAAAUUAUUAUCAGAUUUGAAAGUUAUCUAAACUCUACAUACAUCCCUUUAUUAUUUGAAACAUUACGAGAUGUCACUAAUAAAAAAUGAAUCGGAUGUUGUAAAAACACUGAAUUUUGAUAGGCACCUCUCGUUUAUCCUUACAACCUUCCAUUGCUGGCACAGUCCUGGAGAUCUAGGCAUGGAGCAUUGUAGGAAUAGACGAGAGGUGUAUACUGAAGAUGAUAAUUAGAUAAUGUGGAUGAUAUCAAAAUAAAAUGUUUUACAGCAUUAUUCUCAUAAGUCAAUUGCCGCAACUUGUUUAUGCCAUGUUUUCAUCAUAGGAUGUGAUCAACAAAUAUAACAACACUUUAUUAAAGCCUAUCCAAUCAUAUCUGAUUUUAAGAUUCAAUUUUUUAAUUCAUGUAUUACUGUGAUAAGUUUCUCACUUCAACGUGUCCACGAUAAUGACAAUAAUAUUACUUCAAUAUUAUCUUACCAGAUUAUUUGUCCGGUAAAAUAAGACUUCUUUACUAUCUUCUUAUGAGGAGAUGUGCGAGCUCACCUUAGUGUGUAGUGCCAUUUAAAUUGAGAUUUAGCUUGAUUAGUCAAGCUCAUACAUGUAGUAGUGAACUGUGAACAGGGACGUUUUCUUUAAUUUGACUUUUUAUUUAAAAAAUGUCAGUUUUUAUGUUUAUUUAUUUAUGUUUUUAAUUAAUAGGGCCACUUUUUUUAAAUUUAAUAAUGGACUCAGAUUACAGCUAUAAUUUAUCUCAAAUGCAUUGGCUUAUUCUCAUAUCAAGAAUGACGCAUAUUUUAUGUGUUUUAAAUUAAUUUCUUUAACAAUACUUUUAAAUAAAUAUUAAAAAAAAAAAGUUCUAUAAUGCCUUAAAUUUGAAACUUCGCUGAGAAUAAGCUCAAUUUACAAAAUAAUAGAAAAACAAUUUAAAAUAAAACUGAACUUUCAAGCUCUAGUAGAAACUAAAUAAUUUUAUUUUAAUCUGACACGUCCUUUAUUGUUUUUAUUAUAUCUUUAUUUUUUUAUUUUUAAGUGGCUCCCGAAAGUAAAUCCAGCCUUUAGCACAAAAGUUCUUAGUACGCCACUUUAUCCACAGGGCAAGUAGACCAGAAUAUAAAACAGAGUGAAUAAUAUCUGUUAUUAUAAUAAAUCAAAUAUUUCCAUUCAGUUACACGGAUUAAAUUUAAUGGUGUAUUUAUUUUAAAAGAUUGUUCCCUGUAAAUGUCGUAUUUUUGGAAAAUUGGUUGUAACCUUUUUUUCCAUAAUUUGUAUGAGUAUAAAUAAUUUUUAUUUCUAUACUUUUUUUUUGUAUAUAUGUAUCAUAACAAAUUUAUAUAUAAAUAUUGUAUUUUUGUAUAUAUCAUUAAAUGAGGUGCAAUAAAAUCAAAUAGCAUAUGUGAAUUGAAAUUAGAACGAAGGAAAAAGAAAGCUACCAUCUUUAUUGCUGCUCUGUUGAUUAAAUAUUAAUUUCUUUAUAUUUUAAUUUUAUUAUUAUCGUUUUUUAUAAAUAUGUAUAUUUGUAUAUUGAGAAGAUUUGGUUUGUUAAUAAGAUAAAUUUUAGUUGUGUAUGACCGGGAAGAGUAGAGCCAGCUUUCUGUAAUUUCUGUAAACUAAAAUAGUUUUGUAACGUGACUAAAAUUUUAGCUUUUAAUAUCACUUUCAUCAUAAUUUUUAUUUAUUUAUUUUGCUUCUAACAGAUCUUAGUUUAUAUUUUCUUGUGAAUUCCCUGUGCCAAAUUAAGUUCUUUAUUUGUAAAAUUAUUUUUUUUUAAUCCCAAAGCAUAAUUUUUUGUUUUUAUGUACGUAAUUUGUUUUUCUUAUUUUUCAUUUUCAUUUUUAUUGAUUAUAGUAAUAUGAUAGUAAUCUGAUUUUUUUUACUUUUACUUAAUUUUAACUCGCUAUAACACUACAUUUCCCUCUCAUAUUGUCGGUCUGUAAAGAAAGGAAGAUUUUAUUUUGAUAGAAUCAUUGUUCAGUGUGUAUAAAAUGUAUAUAAGAAGAUGUACCAUUUUAUUUUAUUUUUUUUAAAUUGUUGAUCUCAUAAAUAAUUUUAUUGUAUAUAUAUCAAAACCCUGCAGUUUUGGAAUAAGUUGAUAAAUUUAGUUAGAAGAGUAAUACUAAACAAAUAAUUAUUAGUUUGUUAACCGUAAAAUUAUUUUUGUUUGUGCUAUGUACAUUUUGCAGCAAUGGAAGAGUAAACUCUAAAAUGAAAGGCCAUAAAACUUAGGAUAUUUUAUUUCUUUGUAGGGGAAUAUUUAAAUUGUGAUAUAAUUAUUGGAAUAAAGUAUAAGGAUUAAGUUGUGAGUAAAGCUAUUUAGAAUAAAGUAUUUUGGAUUUA